GUACUGGUGAGUUAUGCUACUCAUAUGUGUCUUUCUUCGAUCAGAGAUAUGCAGCAAUGAAAAUUGAAGCACUUUCUAACAGACAAUGCACUGAAAUGACGAAGAUCGAUAAGCUUCACUGCGACAAAAAGAAUGAAAAAUUGGAUAUCACAAUUUUUCGUAUUUGUAUUUUGAAUAGCGUUCAUGUAGGCGAUCCAUAUACUAUAGGUGACUUUUUUGGUGACUUGUUUAACUUCAUGACCCAUGUCAAGGAGAUGUCUGGCAACGGCACUAUUGAAAACAUUUGUUCCUCUCUAGACAUAGGCUUUUCAGUUAUGUCUCAAUGUGACUGCACCCUCAGAUACGUGUGUACAUUUGUAUACACAGUUGUAGUUAAAAUGAGAAAGGGUAUCUGUUAACUUUUGACUGCACCAAAGUGCAUCUUGUCCGAUAGACACGAACCAACUUAGCUUCAGGAUAAGCUUUGGCUAGUGAUUUACUUAGUCUUCUGUCGACUAUUGCUGCAAUGUUUUUCACCUUUAAAAUCAAAUUAAAUGAAG